GCGAACAUCCGCCUUCGUGGAGGGGUAUAACUGCAUGGGCGCGUUCUCCAUCAUCGGACCGACAACUUGAAUGAGCUCACUGCAAGCAUCCUCGUGACAGCAAAUCAUCCCUGAUUGCACUCAAACCGACCUACACCUAGGUACUACCAGCAGCUAGCAAUAAACCGACAUUUUGACCUAUCCUCAUUGACGCCGAAAGGUGACACAGGUCACCCUCAUCGUGAAAGCCGCUGUUGUGGGGACCCGCGGAGACGAUGGCGAAAAAAAACAACGACAAGAAGCCAGCCGACAAGAAAGGCCAGGGCAGCAAGGAUGACGGCGACAAGGGGGACAAGAAAGUCAAGGCCGCGCAGCAGAUAAACGUGCGCCACAUCCUCUGUGAGAAGCACAGCAAGAAAGAGGAGGCUCUCCAGAAAAUCAGGGAUGGCACCAAAUUCGACGAGGUGGCCCGCGAAUUCUCAGAGGACAAGGCUAGGCAGGGGGGCUCGUUGGGCUGGAAAGCGAAAGGCACGCUAAAAGCCGAGUUCGAGGCUGUCGCCUUUAGUCUGGAGCCAAGCACGACCUCGAGCCCCAAAAUUGGCGAAGCGAAAACGGCAUUUGGGUACCACAUCAUCAUGGUCGAAGGAAGGAAGUAAAGUGCACGCUGGAGUAAGGCCUGAACUAAGAGCAGGUCACAGCGGGCACAUGCAUAUAUGAUGGGCCAUGGCUCUCGGGUCGCGGCUCCCCUCGCCCAUCAAAAUUAGGGCUGCCACUCUCGGUUGUCUUUUUUGGUGGAAUUUUUUAUUUGUUUCUUCCGAACCCGAAUGCAAGGGUGUCCUAGUCUUAGGACAAUGCGCCCAUCCGGGACCUAUUCCGAUGCCAGCUUUGAAAGAAGCUAAAGUGCAUCCGAACCGUUGUCGUUGCGACUCGAUAUACCCAUCGCGUCUCUAUGUAUCCCCCGGUUAUCAAACGCCCCCCAGAAGAAAAAGAACCCUUUUUGUGUCCG